ACCCGAGUUGAGGAUUUGGACACAGCGCCAACCACGCUCAGUUCUUGUUUCCAGCAUCGCCCGCUGCCGCAUCGCCAUGGUCAUCGCCGUACGUCAUGUUUUUCCACGCCGUGAGUGCAGCCCGUGGAUAGUGGUCAUGGCAGGAGUGGAAGUACCUUCAGUAUUUAAAGACCUGCCGGUCAAAGUGCAAACGUCCAAGCUUGUCACUCGCAAGGAUCUCUUCUACCAGCUGGAAGAAGCGGCAAAAACAGGAUCCCUAGCGGACCCUGUGGUGCGUGGCCUGUGCCAAGUGCUGCGGCUGACGCUUCCCCGGUAUCAUGGCAGCACCUCGCGCCACCUGGUGGAGCAGCUUGUUGACUCCUUGCUGGCCACCCAGCCGUCCAGCGUGGGCCAUCUCAUUGCAACCAUCCUUGAUGUGUCCCGUGAACACAAGCCCCUCUUCAUCACGAAGAACCUGGCUCACACGUGCCUGACGGCAUUCAGCUGGUCUUGCAAAGUAGCCCACCAGGUUCUGGUCAAUCGAGGAGACCUCAAACCUGACAAGAUCCGGGACCUGGUGGAAGCUCAGAGCAACCUGCUUCUGUCAGUGUCGUCGGCAUGUGAUGCCACACUCAACAAGAAGCUCAAGAGGAAAAUCAACUAUUUGUGGAAGCAGGUCCGGACGGACUCGUAUGCAGAGGUGCUGAGCAGCCUGGAGCCCUCGUGUGCUGUGUUGCUCACCUGGUGCUUUCUCAUUGCCUUCCUGGAUGCCCAAAAGCUCAGGGAUGUCAUCCACUCCUACAAGGCGAAGUUCCUGGAAGUAUUCAAGACUGUGGUAUUGACAAGCAAGACGGCAGCACCAACUCAGGUUCUAGAGCAUUCGCGCUGCCUUUUGAGGCAUGCCACUCACGAGGACUUCAAGGAGCAGCUGGUGCCCGCCCUGCAGAAGGCAAUGCUGCGCAAUCCCGAGAUCAUCAUGGAGAGUGUGGCGCACGUCUUGCAGGGAGUCACUCUGGAGCUCAGCCCUUACCUGGGUGAACUGGGCAAAAGCCUGGCACAGCACCUGGUGGCCAAAGACGAGUCUUGCCGGCAGGGGGCGGUGGUGGCCCUGAGGAACCUGGCCCACCAGUGUGGUUCGCAAGAGGCCCUCGAGGCCCUCAUCAAGCACCUUGUGGGGGUCCUCAAUGGCUCCGAGGGGAAGCUGACCACGACUGAGCAGCGACUGAGUGUGCUGACUGCCAUUGGUGAGGUGAGCUGCCACGUGGUCAACGGGGCGUCCCAUGUUCAACGGCUUAGCGAGAUCGCCCUGCAACACCUCCUCGCUGUGCUAAAGGCCGAGGUGCAUGAAGGCACCUUGUUGCUGACACUCAAGAUGAUGUCCAAGUGGUGCUCACGAUUGACCCAGGAACCACCCACUUUUCUAGUGACUGGGUUCAAGGAGGGCAUGGAGCAGAAGACAGCGACGUCAGCUGUCCGAUAUGGUUAUCUGCAGUGCAUGAUCUCGGCAUUUCACGGUAAGCACAAUGGUAUGCCAGGUUGCAAGCAGGUGGAGCCAAUCCUAGGCCUGGUGCUCAAGGCUGUAGAGCGAGCCUUGGCACAGCCAUUGCAACCAGGACCCGUCUGCGAGGGCUUGGCUGCUGCCUGUCUUCUUUUUCGUCUGCAACCUGUCGGUUCCCCAUCUGAGAACAAGAUCAAGAACAUGGUUACACAACUUCUAGACCCAGAAAAGCAGCCAUUCUUUGCUGACAAGUUUCUGCAGACAGCAUCAGAAGAUACACAUCACCUGGUGUUGCAGCUAAUCACAAGAAUGAUUCUCGACCACCCCGACUCCUGCUUCGCCAAUCUCAAGCCCUUUGCGGUGCCGCUGCUGAAGGCGCUCUGCCACUCCAGUCACCCCGUGCGCCAGUCGGCCCAGAGCACGGUGCGCAAGCUGGUGUCAGUGCUGAGUGGCACCUCCCUCGCCUGCUUUCUGCUGCGCGAGUUCUCGAGCUUUGUCGACAGCCAUCUGAAGGAGAAGGCAGAAGAAUGUGGGCCAGGCGAAUCCAAAAUCCUGGCGGAGGCUCUGGUCGCCAUCUGCUCGGGCUCCAACCUGGAUGCCAAGGACACAGAGGACCUUGCCUUGGAGUCCUUGCUGCCUGCGCACCACCCUGUCUUUGCUGUGCACCAUUCCAGCCUGUGGCUGCGGAUUGUGGACUUGCUCAAGCUUGACCGCAAGUCACCGCUGGACCCACAACAGGCACUGCCAUUGCUGCUGUCCAAGGACACCAUCACCCCGGACGUGAAAGGAGCCAUCACCACCCUGACGGCCGUGCUGCCACAAUUCGUGAUGAGUGCGGUAAUCUCUGAGGUGCUUGCAGCACUGAACCAGACCGAGCUGCGGCUAGUAACAGCCGAGGAAUAUUCUAUCUACUGCACACCUGAGGGUGUCCUCCACAACAAGGGCGUGCUCAACAAUGUUGUUGAGGCCACAUCUGAGUCAAAGAACAUCAAGCGUGAGAGCAAGGUGUACUCAUACAAGGAGCAAAUGGAGGAGAUUGAGUUGAAGAAGGAGCUGGAGGCUAAGAAGAAGACCAAGGUGCAGGAGCCCGAGCUCACCAAGAAGCAGAAGGAAGUGAUGGAAGCCCAGCUGCAGAAGGAGCAUGCCGUGCGCCUGCGUAUACGCAAGCUAGCAGGCUCCGUGGAGCAUGCCAUGUUGUUGCUGGAAUCGGUGAUUGCGGCACCUGCGUCCUCGGUGUGCCUGUAUGGGGCACCCCUGUACCCCCAGCUGGUGCAGGCCCUGACAGCCCUGUUCAGCAGUCGCCUGGCAGCACCCAUUGUGGUGCCAGCCUACCUGCGCCUCAAGGAUGUCCUCUUUGCACCGGAUUUGGCCCACUUUGCCUCGUCAGUGGGCUACCUGACACUGCGGCUAGCGAACCCCAGCUGCGAGUUGGACCCCCGGUGGACAGAGGAAGACAUGGACUCGUGCAUGGCGCGGGUGAUCACUUGCUUCCACGACCUGGCCUGCUCCCCGACGAACGCUCGUCGUCUGCCCAGCCCUGCCUUCUGCUUCGCAUUCCCGCUGCUACGUCUGCUAUUGAGCAGCCCCGACACCAAUGACACCCUGCUCACGCAAUGCCUGCAGGUGCUGUCGGCACACUCUGUCAUGCGUUGCACCGAACCCUUCAGCCUGGAGAACCCAAAGAACUUGCCUGUAGAGAAGAUGCUCGAGACAGUUGUGGGACUUCUGGGAAGGACUACUGGACGUAUUCAGCGCCUGGCACAGAAAGUGGCGGUCGAUGUGUGUUUUGCCAUCAGUGGCCUUGAGGGCUGCAGUCGAGCCGAUGUUGCCGAGGUUAAAGUCCUGCUUGGUGCCCUCUACUCACCUGAGCUCGUAGUGCGAGAAACUGCUCUUCAGUGCCUGCUAAUGCUCCAGCUGGUGGUUCCUACCCACGAGACGGACCCUGCAAACAGCCUUGAGCUGGCUGCCCGAGUGUGGGUUGCGCGGUUCGAUGCCAAGGAGGAGAUCAAGGCCCUGGCUGAAAAGUUGUGGCGCGAGCUAAAACUGGAGCCUGAGCCAGCACUGUGCGCUCGUCUGCUGUCAGACGUGAUGCACCCCCAGGCAGAAACCCGCAGCACAGCUGCACAGGCCCUCAAAUCACUGCUGCAGUCAUUCCCCGACUGCCUGCAUGAUGUGCUGCUCCAGCUCAUGGACGCAUACCGCCAGCACCUGCAGCGUCCUGAGCCUGUACGAGACAGCUUUGGGAGGGUGAUAAUGGAGCGGCCGCCGGACGUGUGGGAGCCCCGAAGUGGCGUGGGGCUUGCAUUGGCACAGCUCGCACCGCUGGUGCAUUCGCCUGCUGUGCCGGAGCUCAUGGAGUUCUACGUACAAGAGGCACUGUCAGACCCUCACCCAGUGGUGCACAAGACCCUCCUGGAUGCUGCCACAGCCCUGGUUGACUUCCACGGAAAUAGCAAGGUGAACAUACUGCUGCCCCUGUUUGAGCACUUUCUGGAUGAUGCCCCGAGGGACCAGAGCUACGACCAGGUGCGGCAAAGUGUGGUGAUCCUGAUGGGAACCCUGGCACGCCACCUGGACAAGGAUGACCAGAAGGUCAAGCCCAUCGUCAACCGCCUCAUCGACACCUUGGCAACACCUUCGCAGCAGGUGCAAGAGGCAGUGGCCACCUGUUUGCCUCCACUGAUCCCGGCCAUCAAGGAUGAGGCGCCUGUGCUGGUUCAGAAGCUGCUGACACAGUUGCUCAACUCUGAGCAUUAUGGCGAGAGAAGGGGUGCUGCCUAUGGCUUGGCAGGGCUUGUGCGCGGACUCGGCAUUCUCUCCCUCAAGCAGCUAGACAUCAUGAACACCCUCACCGAGGCCGUCCAGGACAAGAAGAACGCCCGGCGCAAGGAAGGUGCCCUGCUGGCCUUCGAGAUGCUCUGCUCGGUGCUCGGGCGCCUCUUUGAGCCGUACGUAGUGCACGUGCUGCCGCAUCUAUUGCUCUGCUUUGGCGACAGCAACCAGUAUGUCCGCGAGGCCACGGAUAACACUGCAAAAGCAGUGAUGAGCAAACUGACAGCACAUGGUGUCAAGUUGACUCUACCUUCACUGCUUGCUGGUCUGGAGAAUGAUCUCUGGAGGACGAAAUCGGGGUCAGUGGAGCUGCUGGGUGCGAUGGCAUACUGUGCACCCAAACAGCUGUCGUCCUGCCUGCCCUCCAUCGUGCCCAAGCUCAUCGAGGUACUGUCGGACUCGCACGUCAAAGUGCAGCGGGCAGGCGCCCAGGCUCUCAAGCAGAUUGGUUCCGUCAUCAAGAACCCAGAGAUCCAGGCCAUUGUGCCAGUGCUGUUGGAUGCUCUGCAAGACCCGGCCGAGAAGACAUCCGGCUGUCUGGCGACACUGCUGAAUACAAAGUUUGUCCACUUCAUAGACGCGCCGUCACUGGCGUUGAUCAUGCCUGUGGUGCAGCGUGCUUUCCAGGAUCGCUCGACAGAGACCAAGAAGAUGGCCGCACAGAUCAUCGGCAACAUGUACUCCCUCACUGACCACAAGGACUUGGCCCCUUACCUGCCAGCCAUCAUACCAGGCUUGAAGCAGGCCCUUCUUGAUCCUGUACCGGAGGUGCGAAGCGUGUCUUCACGUGCCCUGGGCGCGAUGAUCAAGGGCAUGGGUGAGACAUGCUUUGAGGACCUCAUCCCCUGGCUCAUGCAGACGCUCACCUCGGAGUCCUCGCCCGUUGACAGAUCGGGAGCAGCCCAAGGCCUAAGUGAAGUGCUCGGAGGCUUGGGAGUGGAGAAGCUCCAGACACUGAUGCCAGAGAUCAUCUCAACGGCAGAGCGGACAGACAUUGCACCGCACGUCAAGGACGGCUAUGUCAUGAUGUUCAUAUACCUGCCGGGUGUCUUCCAGAAGGAGUUCACCCCCUACAUUUCCCAGAUCAUCAACCCAAUUCUAAAGGCACUAGCAGACGAGAACGAGUAUGUGCGGGAGACAGCACUACGGGCAGGCCAGCGCAUGGUGAACAUGUAUGCAGAAACAGCAAUGACCCUGCUGCUGCCCCAACUGGAGAAAGGGCUCUUUGAUGACAACUGGCGCAUCCGAUACUCUUCAGUCCAGCUCCUCGGUGACCUCCUGUACAAGAUCUCAGGUGUGACAGGAAAGAUGACCACAGAAACUGCCCAUGAGGAUGACAACUUUGGCACAGAACAAUCUCACAAGGCGAUCAUGAUAGCCCUGGGUGAGGAGCGUCGCAACCGGGUGCUGGCCGGCCUGUACAUGGGUCGCCUGGACACCUCGCUGAUGGUGCGCCAGGCAUCCCUGCACGUCUGGAAAGUGGUGGUGACCAACACCCCCCGCACCCUGCGUGAGAUCCUGCCCACUCUGUUCUCCCUGCUGCUGGGAUUUCUGGCCAGCAGCAGCUACGACAAGCAGCAGGUGGCAGCACGCACCCUGGGCGACCUGGUGCGCAAGCUGGGCGAGCGGGUGCUGCCUGAAAUUGUGCCCAUCCUGGAACAAGGCUUGGACUCUGAUUUGCCCGACCAGCGCCAGGGAGUGUGCGUAGGGCUGAGUGAAAUCCUGGCCUCGACAUCGCGUGACAUGGUGCUCACCUUCCUCGACAGCCUCGUGCCCACCGUCAGGAGAGCCUUGUGCGAUCCCCUGAAGGAGGUGCGCGUAGCCGCAGCGAAGACCUUUGACAACCUGCACUCGACAGUUGGCUCCAGGGCUCUGGACGACAUCCUAUCCCCAUUGCUCAUGCAGCUGGGCCAGGGUGACUCUGUGCUGGCCGAGAACACAUUGGACGGCCUACGACAAGUGAUGGCCAUCAAGAGCCGUGUUGUGCUACCCUACUUGAUACCACAGCUGACAACGCCUCCCGUGAACACCAAGGCCCUGUCGCAUUUGUCAGCUGUGGCUGGAGAGUCCCUGUCGCGGCACCUGCCCAAAAUCCUGCCUGCACUGCUGACAGCAUUCAGUGCUUCGCUGGACACACCCAAACAACAGGAGGAGCUGGAAUAUUGCCAAGCCGUGGUGCUGUCGGUGGUGGACGAGGCCGGAGUGCAGACGGUAGUGGAGCAGCUGCUCGCGGGUGCCCGGCAGCCCAGCCAGCGCCGUGCGGCUGUGGCCCUGUUGUGCGCAUUCUGCGCCCAUUCCAGGGCACCCCUCACGCCGCACGUGCCUCAGCUGCUUAGGGAGCUGCUGCGUCUGUUCACCGACACAGACCGCCACGUGCUGCAGCUUGCUGGGGAGGCUCUCGCUGCCGUCACCAAGACCCUGGACACAAACCAGCAGAUUGAGUACGUGAUGGAUGUGCGGCAAGCAAUCCGGUUUGCGGCUAGUGACCUGAAGGGCCAGGAGUACCUGCCAGGCUUCUGCCAGGAGAAGGGCAUCUCGCCCAUUCUGCCCAUCUUCCGCGAGGCCAUCCUCAUCGGGGUGCCUGAACUCAAGGAACAAGCGGCACAAGGUCUUGGCGAGGUGAUCCGGCUAACAGAUGCUGCCUCCUUGCGGCAGUCGGUCAUCAGCAUCACGGGACCGCUCAUUCGUAUCCUAGGUGACCGGUUCAGCUUCAGCGUCAAAGUGGCUGUGCUUGAGACGUUGGCCCUGCUACUUGCUAAGGUAGGGGUGCAGCUGAAACCAUUCCUGCCACAGCUGCAGACCACUUUCCUGAAAGCACUCAAUGAUGGCAACCGGCAGGUGAGGCUAAAGGCCUCGGUAGCGCUGAGUCACCUCAUUGUGAUCCACACGCGGUGCGAUCCAGUCUUCCAGGAGUUGCACAACUCGGUCAAGAAUCAGGACGAUCCCACUGUCAGAGAGACGAUGCUGUACGCACUGCACCGUGUGGUGGCAGCAGCGGGCCACAAGAUGUCGGACCUGAUGCGGCGGAGUGUGACGGCCAGCGUGAGCAGCUACCUGAGCAGCUCGGAGGAUGGCUGCCGCACGGCUGCUGCUGGGUGCCUGGGCUCUCUCUGCCGGUGGCUGCCACCGGAUGAGCUGGCCGUCUUUGCCCGAGAACAUCUAUUAAGCGACGAUCCUAGCGAGGACUGGACAUUAAGGCAUGGUUGUAGUGUGACACUCUCGGUGGCACUCAAACAAGCUCCCGAGCGCAUCCUCACAGACGACUGGAGAGACCGGGUGGUCAAGACACUGAUCAAGUACAUGACUGCCGACCGGGUGCCCAUUGUGAUUGGUGGAGUGCGUGGAACUGGCCACUGCUUACGUCACAUGCUUCUCAACUCUGAGGAGUUGCCACAAGUACUACUGACAACAUUUGCCAAGUGCCUGAACCACGGGAGCAACGAAGUGAAGCAGCUGGUGGCCCAGACCGUGCAGUGGUUGUCGCGCAGCCUGGACAAUGGCGUGCCCCCACAACUGCUGCGAACACUGGUGCCCCAACUGGUGAACGGAACCAAGGAGAAGAACACCAUGGUGCGCGCCAACAGCGAGUACGCCUUGGUCGCCCUGCUCUACCUGCGCACCUCCACACAGGGGCUCGAGGAGUGCCUAGCGGUACUUGACCCAGGGGCGAGGGAGUCCCUACAGGAUGUGUACACCAAGGUGCUGCGCAAGGUCGCCUCCCAUCCAGAGCCGAAGGAGGAAGACCUCGACGAUGGAGUUCUCUCCUGAUUGUCUCCCUUGUCCUUCCCUCCCCAGUCCUCUCCCCUCAACAAUGCACAGAUUAAAAAAGAAAGGAUGUGUGUAAAGUUUUA